UUCUCAAAUCGAUUAACUAAUGUAGAAAACCAUUUACAAGGUGUAAAAACUAAUCUAAAAGGUGUAAAAACUGAUUUGCAAGGUGUAAAAACUGAUUUAGAAGAUGUAAAAACUAAUUUACAAGGUCUUAAAGGUAAUGCAACAAAUUUAACAACUUAUGUUGACGGUUUAACAAGUGUUGCAGUUAAUAUUCAAUUAUUGGCUCCAUUAUUCUAUCAAUAUGUAGUAGGUGCUCAUGCAAGUAAUUGGCAUGCAUUAAAACGUGAUUAUUUUCGUUUAAAGAAAAAGUCAAUAAAAAAUGCACAAACAACAUUUGAAAUAAUCAUAACACAUAGAAAUAUAAUUGGUCAUUGUAUUGAAUUACUUACAAUGAUUCAACCUGAUAAAUCGAUUGCAUUUAAUGCUUCUAUUACACAUAUUAUUGUCAAUCAAACAGAUGUAAUUGUUGAUUAUGCAUAUAAACAUGAUUUUAUUCCAAUAGAUUUUUUAACAAUGUGGGAAAUAUAUCUUCCUAUUGGAGAAUAUCGAAUUGAUGAACAUAAACAUGUUCAUAUUGAUGUCAAUGGUGUAAAAGGUACACAAAGAAAAGGUUGUUGUAUUCGUCUUUUAAUUUCAUGUCUUCGUUAA